CCUGCCGAGAGAGAGAGAGAGAAACCCACAGACACAGCAAGAGAUAGGGAAAGAAAGGCCGUGACUCGCGAGACAGAUAAGAGAAGAGAGGUACUGGUCUGUAGUUGUCUCAACCCUCAAGAGAGAAAAAGCAAGAAACAAAUGGCAUCGGCAUCUCUCCUCAAGUCGUCUCCGGUCCUCGACAAAUCUGAGUGGGUGAAGGGCCAGACCCUCCGCCAGCCUUCGACCAGCUCGGUCGUCCGCUGCCACCCGGUCUCUCAGUCUGCUCUUACCAUCCGUGCCGGUUCAUACGCCGAUGAGCUUGUCAAGACUGCGAAAACUAUUGCAUCUCCUGGCCGUGGAAUCUUGGCCAUGGACGAGUCAAACGCCACCUGCGGGAAGCGUCUUGCCUCCAUCGGCCUGGAGAACACUGAGGCCAACCGGCAGGCAUACAGGACGCUCCUAGUCACCGCUCCUGGCCUUGGAAACUACAUCUCCGGUGCUAUCCUCUUCGAGGAGACACUCUACCAGUCAACAAUCGAUGGCAGGAAGAUGGUCGACGUACUCGUCGAGCAGAACAUCGUCCCGGGUAUCAAGGUCGACAAGGGUCUGGUUCCCCUGGCUGGUUCCAACGACGAGUCAUGGUGCCAGGGUCUUGAUGGCCUCGCCUCCCGCUCAGCCGCUUACUACCAGCAGGGAGCUCGUUUCGCCAAAUGGCGUACCGUUGUGAGCAUUCCCAACGGCCCAUCGGCACUGGCAGUGAAGGAAGCAGCCUGGGGUCUCGCUCGCUAUGCUGCUAUCUCUCAGGACAACGGGUUGGUCCCGAUUGUGGAGCCGGAGAUCUUGCUCGACGGUGACCACGGGAUUGAGAGGACCUUCGAGGUUGCCAAAAAGGUCUGGGCUGAGGUGUUCUUCUACCUUGCCGAGAACAAUGUCAUGUUCGAGGGUAUACUCCUCAAGCCCAGCAUGGUUACUCCUGGUGCUGAGUGCAAGGACAAGGCUACACCUCAACAGGUCGCCGAGUACACUCUCAGUCUCCUCCGCCAGAGAAUUCCUCCGGCUGUCCCCGGAAUCAUGUUUUUGUCUGGUGGGCAAUCCGAAGUGGAGGCAACCCUGAACCUGAACGCAAUGAACCAAGCCCCAAACCCAUGGCACGUCUCAUUCUCAUAUGCAAGAGCCCUGCAGAACACUUGCCUGAAGACGUGGGGAGGAAGGCCGGAGAAUGUGAAGGCAGCCCAGGAUGUUCUGCUUGUCCGGGCCAAGGCCAACUCUCUCGCUCAGCUCGGCAAGUACACCGGUGAAGGGGAGUCAGAUGAGGCCAAGCAAGGAAUGUUCGUCAAGGGCUACACUUACUAGAACGUACCAUGUACCAAUCUGUGGACGAAGAAGAUGAUGAAGCUUAAGCACCUCUCUCUCUCUCUCUCUCUCUCUCUCUCUCUUUUAUGCUUAUAGCCAUGAAGACUAUUUUUGUUCAUUACAUGUAAUGUUAGCGACUUAAUAAUAAGUUUAGUUUCAGCUGGUUAAUGAGAUGAGAUUAGAAGGUACACAAUUGUUUAUGGUAUAUUUCUUGUGGAUA